UCCUGCCCUUAUUCCGGUGGAUUGGAAGCUGGGAGCAUUCUGGAUGUUGAGGUUGCAUGUUGGGUAUGAACCCAGUGGCUGAUUACACUGGUGGCACAUGUGCACACCAAGCCCUGCGAGCAAAGCUGUGGGACCAGGCUUGGAAAAGCGGAAUCGAAUCCCUCUCUGCAGAUGAGCACGAACUGGAGACCUCCUGCGAGGAGAGCACGGGCUGCGCGGAGGAGCUGCCAGCAGGAGAGGGCAGCUCCGGCAGCGGCUCUGGCAGCCCCAGCAGCAGCUCCAGCAGCAACUCAGAAGAUGACUCAGAUACAGAGGAGUCAGACACAAGGCGGUCAGAUGAAGAACAAGAAAAGAAAGAAUCACGGCCAGUUUGCAAUGAAUCAGAUGGAGCAGACUGUCUGCCCCACUGUGAGCACUGCAGAAAAGAAAAUGCCCAGAGGGAGCAAGUGACCCCUAGGAAGCUUUCUGGAGGACAAUAUUUGAUGAAGCUGGAUGCAGAAGGCACAUACGAGUGCAGUGUCACCGGCCUGAUUUUUGAGGUGAACAAGGCGGUCACCAUCAACUACUCCCUGCUGUCCUGGAGCAAAUACGCCGGGCUGGUAAAGGCACCAUGGGUGGUGGGCGGCCCGCUGUUCGACGUGCGCUGCGAGGCGCCCUCCGCCCUCACCUCCAUCGCCUUCCCGCACUCCCUCUGCCUGGGCGAUGGUGGCUCCCAUCCGGCCUUCAAGGUGCUGCACAUCAAGGGUGCAGGUGCGGCCAUGGAGCCGUCCACCGACUUCUCGGCCUCACACGUGCGGUGGCUGGUCAGCUCGCUGUCCCCCGUCGGGCCGCUCAUCCGCAGUGAGGAGCCCCUGCUCUACCACGGAGUUGUCAUCCUCUACAAGGCCAUCGAUGACGACCCCUCCUUGCUGUUCCGGGUCUACGUGGCGACGAACAACGACUCCUUCAUCAAGGAUAUAUCAAGAACAGUAAAACAUUCCAAAAAGAAAUUCAUUAAAAUUGACAAACCCCCUGUGUGCCAGAAAUUAUUACAGAACGGAAAGAGAUACAGAUUAAUUUGUGAACCAGAAGCUGAAAUAACUCCAGAGGAAAUCGAAUUUGUUGAUGGAUCUCUUUUGAAGCUGAAAAGUUACAUUGAAGUCUAUUUUGAGAAACCUGAUGAUUUCACCUUAUCUUUGGUUGAACUGGACUCGGAUGCAGUUGUGUGGAAAGCAAAACUAAGAGAAAGUGACUGGAUACAUUAUGAUCAGAACAAAAACGAGCAAACAAGAAUUCCAAGCAGUGUCAAAAGACGGAAAUCAACCAACAGCUUUUCUGAAGAAGAGAAGCACUGUAGCAAAAAGCAAAGGUCUAACAAUUAUACGGAUGGAAUUAAAAGCAGAAGCUUGCUAACUGAUCAACAGCUGAUGGUAAUUGCAAAGUUGUUUGGCGUGGAGUGGAAGGAAAUUGCCAUUGAAUGUCUUGAGAUGGAAAUGAAAGACAUUCAGCAGAUUCAAGCAAACGAAGAGGAAGUCAAUAUCCAGAAAUUUCUGAUGUUAAGCAAGUGGAGAGAAAGAGAGCAAAGCAAUGGAACUGCACAAGCCUUGUGCAAUAGGCUCCGUGAAAAAGUGUCAUAUGAAAUAGUGCAAGCACUAGAAGGUUUUUUGGCUGAGUGAUGAGUUGGAGAAGCCGGUGAGAAGCUCAGGAACUUUCCCCACCCAAAUGGUUAAACUUCUCAAGCUAUUUUCUGGGAUUUCAUUGUGAUGAAGAUCCAAAUCGUAAUCAGUCAGCGGAAAGUUUAGAGUGUCUUCAAAAGAAAUGUGAAUGAAAUUUUGCACCUACGUAAGUGUAAGUAGCAUUUUGGGAAUCAUUACUCACAUGUUUGGAUACCAGUCAUUGCAGCUGGAUUGAAGUGCCAGGCUUGAUGUGCCCAAAACUGAAAGCUGCCACUGAAUCUUGUCGUGUUUGAGCCAAUCCUAAAAGGCAACGAGCACUGGGAGAAAUGGGUUUACCUUUAUCAGGUAUAUGACUGUUAUCUUGAAACAUUUUUAUUUGAAUCAGGGAAAGACAAGGGAGAAAAGUUGUGUCAAAACUUUCAUCCCCUUAAAAUAAUGAAACUGUCAAAAUCAUGAGGUACAUUGUAUUGCUCAGAGAUGCCUAGGAACAGGGAAGAAACCUUAAACUUGCAGAUAAAUUCCUUUGCAGAAUCACUGUUUAUACACAGCCACUGUACGCAUCCCCAUGCACUCACGUUGAGCUGUGGUUCUGUUUUCUUAAACCCGAAGACCACUUUCACAGUAGCACCAUUAAGAACUACAGGCAGCUUUGAAUCUUCUGUGGGAUUUUCUUCUCUCUGUACAGUCUGUCUCAAUUUUUAUGAGAUUUUUUUUUUUAUGUUGUAUGAUUUUUUUUGUACUAUGAACUUUUUAUACGUCUUUUUUUACGUGAUUAAUUUUAACUUGAAUACAGGGGGGGGGCUUAAGCUAAAAUAGAGAAAAUCAGAGUCUCCAAGAUGGUUGUUAUCCUGAGGGCAGGACCUGUCGCACACAGUUGUAAAAGAUCUGAAAAUAAUGUUACUGCUAAACAGAAUGAUGGCCAGGGAGUGUCCUGUUUGCAGAUACGUGGUUCUUUUCAUCAUCUCCUGCUGUGUAUGUUUAUGGAAUUACAAACAAACAAACAUACUUUUAAAUAUAAGGAUUAAAAAGAGAACAUUUUGGCUA